AUGGAAACGACGGCCCGCGUUCACCAGACGAAAGCGUCCGGCUCGAGGCAUCGUAGUUCCCGUUCUCGCCGUAGCGCAACGCCCCAGCGGCUGGAGCAGCUCGAGCAGUCGGAAGUGCGCGGUGGCGAUGGGCCCGGCCCUGGCCAGGAGGGGUCGGAGCUGGAGCCGGGCGGGUCUAAAAAUAGAUCGUCUACCGUAGUGCGGGUGGUGCGCCGACCGGACACACCGGAGCACAGUGGUGGUAGUACGACGACCAACGCGAGCAGCAGCGGCGCCGCCACCGGAACUUCCGGCACGACCCAGAACUUCCACUACAGCGCGAGCGGGGACACGAGCGGUGGACCGGUGCGCGUUUCCCAGGCCACCACCCGCAGCCUCUCGCCGUCGGCCGCCGUGGCAACGACGGAGCUGGACGUAGCAUCCGGUACCGAGGAAAACAACGAACCCCGGCCAGACGGUGCUGGGGAAAUGAUGGUAGCCGUCGUGGAACUGGCGAACGGGACGGCCAGCAUCGAACCGGCACCGGGACCGACGGACGAUAAGCUGCAGAAGGGCAUCCUGGGCUAUAUGGACCGCCAGCUGAAGGUGCAGUCGCUGUCGGACCCGCAGAAGAGUCCGGCCCAGCGGAGCACCCGAAGCCGGAGCAGCCUGGAGAAGAGCCCACGCCGGAAGCGCAGUAAGUCCGAGUCGAGGCGGAGGCGCGAGCGGAAGAUACUGGCCGCCGGCGAGAUGGAGGUACGCCAGGCGAACGAAACGCUGAUGCGCUAUCUGAAGCAGUGCUCGGACUUUAACGAUGCGUCCCUGUCCGGGGACCUGGAGAUACCGGAGCAUCUGGAGGAUCGGCGGGUCCACCGGAAAACCAAAUCCCAGCGGGAGCGAAAACUUCAUCAGCAGCAACCGGAUCGACCCGGCGGUGGUCGGACCAGCAAUGCUGACGAUCUGCUAAGCUACCAUGGGGAGAUCUACAAUCCCUUCACACCGGUGGUCUCGCCGACCACCGAAGGUGCGCCAACGCGCAUCGACAAGAUGUACAUACAGACUGCUAGCGGUUACCGACCGGUUGACAAUACCUACUCAUACCACAAGUCCUCAACACUGAUUGGAGGUGAUCCAGAAAGCAAUAGAAAUACAGUGAGUACGUCGGUGCACCUUUCCUGUGCGGUACAGCGGGUAUGGCACCUGUUUUCGACCGUCUGCCACGGGCUGCUCGGUGGCCUUGCGUUCGCCCAUCUGCUGCUGAUCUGCACAACGAAGCCGUACGAUUGGGUAGACGCCUCAAUCCGCCAUUACUCUGCCUUCGCUGAGGUGUACGCCAAUACCUUCUACUGCUUGGCGAUCGUGUGCAUGGUGUCGAUCUUCGAUCGGAUGGACAUUGCACAUGGAGGCGAAUCGAAUGUUUCCUUCCGCUCGGUCUUCAUCAUCAUGAUCUACAUAAUGACGAUCAUGCUGAGCUUAUCGGCUGGAUCGAUGGACGAACGACUGUAUCUUACCGCCACGUUAAAUUCUACCGUCUGGGAAGAGGAACUGGAAACGAAUAAAGUGCUUAGCAUCUGGAAUGCUCUGUCGAUAGCGCGAAGCGUCGGUGCCAUCUUUGGCUGGUUGGUGGUCGGCUUCCUGCCCAACCAGGACAAUCUCUACGAUCAGCUGCUGGAGAUGGAAAAGUAUCAGCUACAUUGAGCAACACUCGGGGACGGUGGCACGGCGGUUUGUACAUACUACGAAUAGCAUGUAGGACUCCAUAAUACUAGUAAUACAUACAAGCAUAGCAUAGAGGAACACAACGUACUACUUAGAGGCAAACAAAACAAUAAUCACGCUUACGUCGCUGUGGUGUAGGAUCGUUUUCGUUCUUUAUACUAAUGGACUAACAAGCAUCUAGGCAAAUAACCCCUCUUCGUGAUGAAAUGUAGGAAAGCACUACAGCAAAACGGUAUCAUUUAAAAGUAUUAAACUGCGGAACGGCAAGAUGUGGUUAGUGGUUGUGGUAGUAUUAUGCGAACACUGCGUGUGGAAAGGAAUUAGCGGUAGGAAGAAAACUCGUAUAGCAUGUGCAUUAGCGACAAUUGUGACAACAGGAAUGGACUGAUAAUCAUAUUGUAAUCAAAUGAUAGCAAUUACGAAAGUACACACACACACACACAAAGAGAAUAGCAACUGUAAUCGUUCUAGAUUUACUUCCGAGUUAGACGACGACUCUGAGAUAAAGAUGAAGGAACAUGACUGUAUAAACAUGUUUAGGAUAUAAAUCAAAACGAAUAAUUAUUCCAUAAGCAACCGAAUGUUAAUAUACAGAUAAAUUAUACUCCAGGACAUAAAUAUGAAUAUUUUCGCAAUCAUAAUAACAAUCGCAGUUCUUCAUAAUGAAAAUAAUUGCUUUGUAAAUGCGCAACUUAUUGAACCGUUUUGUUACUACGAGCUGCAAUGCAACCGUUUGAUUUGUGAUUUACUUAGUUCAUUCCUGUUUAUGAAAAUAAAUUAUUAA